UUGUGGAAAGGAAAAAUGGCGGCGUCGGUGAUAAGGCCUUGGGGAUGGCCUCUAAUGGUCCUAGGCCUGAGGAUGGUGAACUCUCGUCUUAGGGGCAGGCUCCUCCACGUUUCUGUUCGCCCACCGAUUCUGCCUCCCUGGGUGCCCCCGCCAGUGGGCAGCUCAACGCGCUGGGAAUCGUCCAUCACCUUUUCUCCCACCUCUUCCUCUGCUCGCUCCCAGUCCUCGGGCCCCGAGUCAAAUGAAGGUCAGAUUCGCCUCACUGAAAGCUGCGUCAAGAGGCUCCUGGAGAUCACAGAAGGGGCAGAGUUUCUUAGACUACAGGUGGAGGGAGGCGGAUGCUCCGGAUUCCAGUACAAAUUCUCUCUGGAUACAGUUAUAAAUCCUGAUGACAGGGUGUUUGAACAAGGUGGGGCUCGUGUGGUGGUUGACACUGAUAGCUUGGCCUUCGUGAAAGGAGCCCUCGUGGACUUCAGCCAAGAAUUGAUCCGAAGUUCAUUUCAGGUGUUGAACAACCCUCAGGCAGAGCAGGGUUGUUCCUGUGGGACUUCAUUCUCUGUCAAACUAUAAUGUGUGAGAUGAUGAGUGACCCAGAGACUGCUUCCCCCAACUUCCAGUUCUUGAUACCAUGAGAACCAUAGAGUUCCAGAGUUUUCUCCUUUGCUAUAAUUACUUGCUCAAUUUCCUGUUCACCAGCCCUAGAGUUUUAUGUCCUGUCAGUCUGAAUCAGAAUAUCUAGUAUUCUUUGUCAACAUCAACAUACUUCCAAGAACAUUCCUGGUAAGCCUUGGUCUCAGAGUUAAGUGAGAAUUUUCCAAGCUCCCCAAACCAUGUUGCCUCAGAACCAGUUGCCUAGAGGCUAAGAUAUUGACUUUAGCCCUAAAGUUCCAAAAUGUAGAGAUAACAGCCCUGGCCAUCAGAGCUUCUUGUAUAAUAUAUUUGUGUGUGUAUUAUUAGUGUAUAUAGUACAUAAAUAUUUAUUUUUAAAGAAAGCCUGUCACUUAUCAUUCAGUCUUUUGAGUCAGAAAUGGAGUUGCCUGUAUAUACUGAUUAUGAGAACUGGAGGGAAGUUUGGAGAGAGG